AUGGCUAUGCCCAAGCCUACUGUCAAGACCUCUAUGCAUUCUCAUGGGUUUGGAUUUGAUCCACGGGCCAACGAUUAUAAAUUGGUUAGAAUAGCGGACUUUUAUCCAACUAAAUUGCCCAAUCAGAAGCCAACUACACACGUUGAGGUGUACUACCUUAAUGCGGGCUCCUGGAAAAUGUCUAGCAAGGGGAGAAACUCUUAUCUGGAUGGGAUUACUAUAGAUUAUUCAGGCCGAUUCCCUGCUUAUUUAGAAGGGGCUGUUCAUUUUGCUGCGAAAAUGAAGAAAUCCAAUGAUCCGUUGAUUUUGUCAUUUGAUUUGUGUGAUGAGGUGUUUCAAACGAUGAUGUUACCAGAUGGUGUUAUAGCCCUGAGAACUGAGGUUCGGGCUUCAUUCACAAUUGAUCUAAGCAGAGGAAUUACACAGGUAUUAGGUAUAUGGAAUAAUGGUCAUAUAUUAUUGGAGACAAAAGCACCAAGUGAUUGGGAGAACCUAAUCUUACUCAACAAACCAAAUGAUGCAUUUUCUAGAAGGCGAGUGAGCAGGAAGAGGACUUGGCACAUUGAUAUGGAACCUAACAAUGUUGAGAAUGACGGGGGUGAUUGUAAUUGGAAGCCUAGAGUUCACAUGACAUUUGAUACAGAACAAGAAGCAUAUAAUUUCUAUAAUGCUUAUGGAGGAAGGAUGGGGUUUAGUAUUAGAAGGGGUUAUGUAAACAAGAACAAGGAGGGGCAAAUCACAUCAAGGCUAUUUGUUUGUAAUAAGGAGGGGUUUCAUGGUGUAGACAAGCGAGAUCCAUUAACAAAAAAUCCUAGGCAAGAAGUGAGGACUGGUUGUCAAGCCCGACUUAUCAUUAAGUGGGAUAGGAAUAUUCAUAAAUUUUUUGUUGGUGAGUUUGUUGAACAACAUAAUCAUAUUUUUGUACCAACAGAAUGUACGCAUAUGUUACCAUCCCAAAGGAAGAUAUCUGCAUCACAAGCAACCGAAAUAGAUUUAGCCAAAAAAUCUGGAAUCCAGCUUAAUGCUGCAUUUGAGCUCAUGGGUAAUGAAGUUGGUGAAAGGGAGUUGCUUGGGUUCACAAAAGUGGACCAAAAAAAUUAUUUGAGAACGAAGAGGCAAAACAGUUUAGCAUAUGGGGAGGCAGGUAGCAUUUUGCAAUAUUUUCGUGAGAAGACAUUGGAGAAUCCAUCUUUUUUUUACUCGGUCCAGGAAACUAUUAUAUUUGGCGCAGCUUUGAUGUAUGAUGAGACUGCUGAUUCUUUUAUAUGGCUUUUUAGAAGAUUCUUGGAGGUAAUGUCAAGUAAGGCUUCAAAAACAAUGUUUACGGAUCAGGAUGCUGCAAUGGCUAAGGCCAUACCUAUUGUCAUGUCUAACACAAAACAUCGCCUUUGCACUUAG